UCCCUGGCCCGGGAUGAGUCACGCGCUGCCCCGGCCGGGCUCGGCGGGACUGGGACUCGAGUGGAUGCGGAGGAGCGGGGAUGACGCGGAGUCUCCGUGAGUCAGGAUGACGCAGGCCACGUGUCCGGGAGAUUUAAAAGUUUGGGAAGGGACGGCGGGCUCCGCAGCGUGGCGGCUCCGGCGUGGGAGUCGGGACCUCAGCAGCAGCAGCAGGUGUCCCAAUGCCAUCUCAAGAAUUACAGACAGAACAAGAUUCGCAGCUGUGGCAUGAAAUAGACGAUGCAUGUUCUGCUUACCUGUCCAUCAUAGAUCCUCACCCUGAGGCAUCCAAUGCACUGGAAGAACUUUGCUUUAUGGUCAUGGGAUUUCUACAGAAACCUCAGAAUUUAGAAGAAAAAGACAACACCAAAAGGUUCUUAUUUCAUUAUGCUAAGUCUCAUGACUCAGGCAAUUCAGACAUGAUGUCGUCUGUCCUGCAUCCUUUGCUGCAACUUGUUCCCCAACUUCAUGAGAGAAGACUGAAGAGAUACAAAGCAGACGAGGAACUUCAAGGACUUGGAGGGAUUCAAAGCAGGGGCUACUUCUUGUUCAGGCCACGCAAUGGAAGAUCAGCAGGUUUCCACUGAAAAGAAUUUUUACUCCUUACCUAGAACUAAUGCUGUGGGAAUGAGGAAUACAUGGACAUAAUGUUUUACUCAAAAAUUAUACCUUACUACUUGUACAAUUUUAAAAAAAUCACUAGACUGUAAAUGUUCCUAAAUCAGAUUUUGUUAAAACUGCAAAUGUUUCUUUAAUUUCGAGUAUAUUAAAAGCAUCUUAAAAUUA